CAGUCAGUUACGGAUGCCUGGGCUCAGAGGCAGCAAGUGGGGCUGAGAUUUCAGUCCUGCCUAGAAACUUCAUGCAAGCAUGGCCCUGCAGUUGCUGUCUCUGAGGUUUCUCCUGGUCCUUCCAUCUCUGCUGCCAGCACAGGGCUUGGAAGAACCUGAUCCCAAGGUCCAAGGAGUGCCCGGGGAAACAGAAAUGUGCCAAAGGCCCCGCUGGGACUCAAGACUCCGACUGGUACCAGACCAAGAGAAUUACAGGAAGAACGAAGAAGUGAUGCUGAGUUGCACUGAUGGUUUCCAGCCAGCCUUCACCCAUAUCAAAUGUGCGAGGGAAGUGCAGUCCAUCAGUCACAGGAAACCUGUAUACAGAGAGGUUUGGAAUGGAAGGGACAGCAGAGGCAGAUGGAUCCGCAUUCGAUCCAGCGUGGAGUGCAUUGAGGUCUUCCAGGUUGUCCCUGGGACCUUGGAGAUUUCAAGCACCAGCAUCAAACUGAACUGGACCUGCAGGCUCCCUGACACCUGCCAGCACAUGCGGGCGACCUGCCGUCUUGCAGGGCCUUCCCCCCGUCCCUGUGAAGCUGAGGAAGUGGAGGGAGAGGAGAUGCUACAUGGCCAGGAGGGAACAUUCAUCUGCCCCCCUCUGCAGCCCUUCACUGACUACACUGUCACCAUCUCACUGCCGCCCAGCACAAUUCUUUUCAAGUGGUUGGUCAGAACAGAGGAAACCGUGCCGGACAAACCAAAGAAGCUGAGGCUGAGUCCGAACACGGGGUCUCUCAGGUGGAAGGCGCUGCCCCCCUGCAAAGGGGAGAUCAUCGGAUACCAGCUGAACAUCACGGCCAGGAGCGCGCGGGACGGCGGCUUGCUGCAGAUGGAGCGGCUGCGGCUGAGCCGCUCGGUCACCGAGCACCCGCUGCCUGGGCACGGCCUCGGCCACAGCUACACGGCGACGCUACAGGGAGUCACGGCCAUCGGAGCCGGGGCUGCGUCGCUGUGGGAGUUUCAGCCCGACGGCUUGGACACGCCGCACCCUGCCGGCAUCAGCUGCCGCAGCGUCCGUGACGUCUCCCCAUCGCAAGGGACGGCCGUGCUUCCCCUCCAGCCCAUCGCCCGUCCCCCCGCGGAGGUGAGGGAGCACCAGCUGAUCGUGGCCGCCACGCACAAUGGCACGGUGGUGGAAGGCGCCUGCUCGGGGGAGCCGCAGCCCCUCAACGCCAGCCGGCAGCCCGACACCUACGUGGCCGCCGUGCUCAACCUCACCGCCCCCACGGACUUCGUGCUGGGUGCCGGGACCCACGGGCAGGGUUACCGCAACGCUGCGCUCCGCCCGGGCUGGGACUACACGGCCCUUCUCCGCCUCAUCCAGCGCUCACAGGAGGCAGAGAAGUUCACCUGCAUCUGCUACAGCUUCUCUCUUGUUGCAGGGCAGCCUCCAGGCCCUUGGCGUGGGAUUGUGAUUGGGGUGGUUGUGCUGUUGGCAGUCCUCCUUGUAUCUGCCGGGAUCCUGUGGUUUGUGCUUUCCAGGAAAAGGAAGUUUUUGCCCAGCAAAGCCAAGGAAGACAAUUAAAAAGGUAAAGAUGGCCAUGCUGGAUAUCAGUCAAUCCAGCCCCUGCCCAGGACCACAGAAAACAUUCCGAGCAGUGAGGGAGUGACGAAGAGGAGAAGGAUGACCCCAGCUCAGUACCAAUGGCUGCCAGGUCCCCUGGCUCUCCUGUGACUGUGACCAGCACUGGGGAUCCCACCCAGUUCAGCAGAGCAAGAGGAAAAGAGGAAGCCAAGGAGUGCUGUGAGCUUUUUCUUUCCUCACCUCCUUCACCUCCCAUCUUUCACUUGCUACUGUUCUAAGGCCUUUGAAUGUUACUUUCUGUAGUUCCUCUUUUUUGGGUGUUGCUUUCAUUUUUGCUUUCCUGGAAGCAGGAGCAGUAUGCCAGAUUUCCCAGUCCCUGACUCACAGAGGCUCAGGCUCAGUGAUGCUCCAUGCUCCUGAGAUGUCCUAGGUUCCCAGCCCCUCUCAUCAAUCUCUGCUGACAUUCAGCCAAGGCCAGGGCUCUGGUGGAGGCUGGCCUGACCACACUGCCUUUGUGACUCUGACUGCUCUGUCUGGACAACCAAUAAAGGCUAGUGGUUUGAAGGGGGCUAGCUGGCCCACUA